GCAUCAAAUCAGAAGAGACGUGGUUUGCUACUCUCUCCCUCAGAGGCUCUCUACUUUGUACGUGUGUGAAGGGUGUGGCGCGGUGUGAUGUAGAAUGUGAAUAGACUUCAUGGGAUACAUGUAAUACAUGCCUCUUUCAUAAAAGGUCAUGCCACAUUCGGUGAAAUCGGAUUGGUUAUCUCGGCUUAAAAUCUGGUAGAAAUAUGGCUGUGACAGUUGCAGUAGGUAGUGCUUUAACUCUAUUACAUUAUUCCUUCAUUUACUUAUUAAAUAUUUACCUUUAUUGCGAUUUCUACUUUUGAUUAAUAGUUGAUUGAUUAAACAAAAAUUGUAAAAUUAGUAAUCUUGUACAGCUGAUUGAGCAAACACAAGACGAGUAGAAAGAAAAGGUGUUUUUUUAACAUCAAAUAAUUGUCUUCCACCGUUAAAAUAUGCCAGGGGUUACAGAGAUGUCGUUGGAUCAUAUGUUUUGUUCUCGAUGCAGAGAAGGCUUUGUCGCGCAUGAGAAAAUCGUUAACUCACAUGGUGAAUUGUGGCAUCCUCAAUGUUUUGUGUGCGCACAAUGCUUUCGACCAUUUCCAGAUGGAAUCUUUUACGAAUUUGAAGGCUACAAGUAUUGCGAACAUGACUUCCAUGUUCUGUUUGCACCAUGCUGUGGCAAGUGUGGUGAGUUUGUUAUUGGCCGUGUGAUUAAGGCGAUGAAUUCGAACUGGCAUCCGCAAUGCUUCCGCUGUGAAGAGUGUAAUGGUGAAUUGGCGGAUGCGGGCUUCAUCAAAUGUCAAGGCAGAGCCUUGUGUCACACAUGCAAUGCCAAUGUGAAAGCCGGUGUGCUUGGAAAACAUAUAUGCCAUCAAUGCCAUGGAGUAAUUGAUGAUAAACCUUUACGGUUCCGCGGUGAACUCUAUCAUCCAUAUCAUUUCAAUUGUACAACUUGUGGUGUGGAACUCAAUUCCGAUGCCAGGGAAGUUCGCUCUCGACCUGGUUAUGCUGCUAACGAAAUGAACGAAUUGUAUUGUUUGCGGUGUCACGAUAAAAUGGGAAUCCCGAUUUGCGGCGCCUGUCGGCGCCCCAUUGAAGAGCGCGUGGUAACGGCGCUCGGCAAACAUUGGCACGUAGAGCAUUUCGUAUGUGCUAAAUGCGAAAAACCCUUCUUAGGUCAUCGCCAUUAUGAGAAAAAAGGUCUCGCUUAUUGCGAAACUCAUUAUCAUCAAUUAUUUGGGAAUCUCUGCUUCGUCUGUAAUCAAGUUAUUUCUGGUGAUGUUUUUACGGCGUUAAACAAGGCAUGGUGCGUCCAUCACUUUGCGUGUGCAUUCUGCGAUCAGAAGAUGAAUCAGAAGACAAAAUUUUUCGAAUUUGAUCUAAAGCCUGCGUGCAAGAAGUGUUAUGACAAAUUUCCGCAAGAAUUAAAAAAACGAAUGCGACGUAUGUACGAUCUGAAUCCUAAGAGGAUUCCAUCAGCAUAAAUGCAAAGAUCCGGAUUUUUCCUUAUAAAUCUUUCAAAAAGGAUUUCAAAAAGGACAUAAUUAAUACUCAUUCACGCUUGUAGUGCCUUAUAUCUGCCUUAUAUCUGUCUUAACGUUAAUUAAAAGAAAAAGUAUAAUUUGCUCCGUUGUAAACUCUAUAAAGUUUACUAAAGCUACUUUUUGGAAGCUGCAAGUACUUUGAUAUAAUUAAUUUAUAACUACUUUUUAAUAACAUAACUUGGGAUUCUAAGCUAUCUCUCUUCGUUUAAAAUAUUAGGUACUGAAUUUAAUUUUCGACUUUUCUGAUUAAAAACGCAUUUGUCUUAAUGACAAAAUGAAUACAUCAAUCAAAAUGUAUUUUUAUUAUUUUCUAAGAUUUUUUCUUCUUUUUUUUCGGUAAAAGUUGAAUUCUGCGUUGAUAUAACUUUUUAUUUUUUGAACCGAACUAGUCAUUAACCCAUUUUUACACAUUUUAAAAAUUAAAGAAGUGUAUAUGAAGAACGUAUUGCACCAAAUCAAGUGAUAAUCUGAUGAGGCCAGGUCUGGAGAAUAGAUUGAGUGCAGGAAAAUUUUCUUUGAGAAAUAAUUGAGAAAUCUUAUUAUCAUCAGUGAGAGAGAGAGAGAGAGAGGGGGGGGAGGGAGAGAGAGAGAGAGAGAGAGAGAGAGAGAGAGAGAGAGAGAGAGAGAGAGAGAGAGAGAUGUCAGGCUUUUUCAGUGCUUAUUGAAUGGUUCUGGCAACAUUAUCUGAGCAUUGUUGUACGAAAGAAUGAUUUUUCGUUAAUGACUGACAAUUGAUGACCUUUUUUGUAUCAAUUCUUCAAAUGUUCUAAUUGUUAGUUCUAAUUGUAGUCAGCUGUUAAAUUUAAUCUUAUGGUACAUUUUUUGCCUUUUUUAAUUUUAACCUUGUUGUUUUUCAUGAUAAAAUCACUACUUUUAAAUUGUUGAAACUAUUCUUUACAAAUUGUUUUUAGUGGAGUGGCAUCAUAAGCUCCACUGAGCAAUCAAUGAAUUUCACUUAAAUUUUUUUUCAAAUAAUGAAGAAGCAUGUGUCAUUUUUGGAGGAGGAAAGAAGAGUUUAACCCUUACCGAGUACACUUCAGUGGAAUUUCAUAACUGAUACACUGGGAUCUGUUGAGACUUCAAUAGAUCCCAAAAAUGUUUAUUGCAAAAAAGAUAUUGACAUUAAUGACUUGAAAAAUUACAGAUUAUCUUUCAAACAUCUUACUUUGAGACAAAAUACUUUUCUUAAGUUAAACAUUGAUUUUGAAGAUGUGAAAAAAUUUCCCGAAGAAAAAAAGAGCAAAAAAUCACUUAUUUUGCUAAGAAAAAAUCAUAACUCAUACAAUUUUCAAUAUUUUAAGCUAAAAAUUUAACUUGUAAGUUUCAAGAUAUGACUUGAAAAAAAACAGUAGAAUAGUACGCAUUCCAAAAAAGGUAUUAAUUCUGGUAAUGGAAGUAAUUAAUUUUAGAGAAAAGGUAAUAAUCAAUUUUCACAAAAUACAAUGAUUUACUUUCAAAAUAAUUCAAUUUUCUUUUGUAUUUUUCUCACAAAAAACCUUCGCAUUAUCCUGUUCGAGUUUUUGUUAAACUAUUUCAAAAAAGAUCCUGGUAACACAGGAAAAUCGUCUAUAAAUACUUUAUAAAAAAAUUUAAAUCACUUUUUGUAAUACACUUACCUUUAGUUGAAAAUAAUAGAAUAAAAUCACAAAAAAAUUCAAAAAACAAUAUUCCGAAUCACAAACGGUACACUGGGGUCUCUCUUAACCCCAAGACUCGAAACCUCUCGAAUGUCACUGGUGCUUAGUGAGUGGCAUUUCCGAGCUGAGAAUGAAAGAAGAUAUGCCAAACUAAUACUAAAUAGCAUGCCAAGUACGAUUUUCGUGAAUUUUUUAUAGUUAAUUAAACCAGAAUUCAGUUAGAGUCAGAUUAACCCACAAUACUGGAUAAGGGUUAAUAUAUCUUAUCUGCGAUUAGACACGUUUAUCUCUGUUCUCUAUAACCUAGUUUACACCGAGCACUUGGUACGCGUAUCAAGUAGUGAAUUUAAGCUGAUCAGCCAAUGAUUAAACACAUUCACUAGUUAUUUACUAUUUGAUACGCGUACCAAGUGCUCAGUGUAAACUAGGUCUAUAAGAUUUUAGUUAGAUCUUAACUUUAUAUUAUUCUCCUGUGUUGAAUAUAUGUAUAUGUUGUGUGUAUGUGUGUAUAUACAUAUAUGGUCAUUUUUACUCUUUAUUUCAUUACAUGACGCAAUUAAAAUAUAGCUAACUCCUUUGUACCCGCAACCAUCAAAAAAACUUUAUCAUGUUCCAUUUUCUAUCAAAUAAAAUGAAUCGUUAUACACUGUAAAUUUUAUUGAGAAAUGUCAAGCUUUCUUUUUAGCUUUUCAAAGUCACAAUAUUCGUUGCCAUGGUUAUCUGUUUGUGAGAGUCGGAAAUUAAGUUCUUUGUAUCUUUUUCAAUUUAAUACCCAUUAUCUUUAAUUUGGUAUUUAUAAAUUGGGGAAAGUGCAAUAGUUAUACACUGCGUGCGUGCGUGCGUGUGUGCGUGCGUUCGUGCGUGCGUGCGUGCGUGUGAAACGUAACAUUAGUUUAUAUAUACAUAUAGUUUACAAACGCGCGCGCGUAUAUGUGUCUCAAGUAAUUAACUUAACAUUGUAUAAUAUAUAUAAUGCAUAUUAGUUUUCAAACUUGUUCAGAUUACUGCCAAUAAUAUAUAAAUUUUGGUAUAUAAAAUAAUAAUUUUUAUUACAAACAUAUGUAGUAACAAUCAUUAUGAAUGUUUAAUUAAACAAAUGAUUUAUAUUUAACUGUAUUUUACGGAGCCUUAAUUAUGUAUUUUUUAAUUGUAAUAUAUUUUAAUUAAAAUGGAGUUUUUCAGAAGUAGUUAUAAGAUAAAUAAUAAGUGAUUAAAUUACUUAAAACGAUUAAAUUACUAACAACAAAAAGUACAUAAUAAAAACAGCAUUUAAAGGAAGUAAUGAUGUUUUAUUUACAAAUCAAGGCAUUAAUUUUAUAUUCACACACGUGCUUCUUGUCCUCUACUCUCACUCAUAUGUUAAAAUCUUUAACCCGUUUAAGGUCAUAAAAAUAUGAAAAAGGCUCUUUCCACAAGUUUUACUUUGUUUUUCUUCAUUGAGUUACCUUCAAUUGUCUCAUAUGCCAAAUGUACUUUACACCGAUGGUAUCGCGUCGAGGAGAUCCUUACACUCACAGUUCCAUUUAAUCUUAGAAUACUAAUAAUACGUAAUAAAAAAAAUAGCAUUUAAAUUUAAUAAUUUUUCUUUUCCUUUUUCUUAUUUAUUAAAAAAUAGCAUGGUUUAUUUGUAAUAAGUUUAUUUUUCUCGAGUUUUUUUAAGAAAAAAUUCUCAACAUACGUAAAUUUAACGUAUGAUUAGUGUUAAUGUCUUAAAAAUAUAAUUAUUAGUAUUUUAAGAUUAACACUGCGACCUGCGUUUGGCGCUAAAUGUGGUCAAUUGAUCCUGAACUUUAAAGCGGCAUAAUAAUCGAUUUGGUUAUAUAUAUAGUUCGAUGACGUCAGAGAGACAAGAGAAUCUACAGAAAUUCUUUCAUAGUGACCUGUACUCUUAUAAAAGCAUAUAAAAUCAUGACAAUCUGACAAGCAAGAUUUAAGAAGUAAAA